AUUACGUCAUCGCCUCGACGUGCAGUUUGUCCCUUCCCGACAUCCGUAGCCAAGCAUCUCCAUCUUUGUGUAUUCCACUGUGGAAGUAUCUAUUUAUCAGUAACUACUGGAUUACAGGAAUAACUACAAAAAGGAAGAACUCGUAGUGAAAUCUCAGGUCACUGAUCAUGUCGGACAAAAGCGAACUAAAGGCAGAAUUAGAACGCAAGAAGCAGCGGCUUGCACAAAUAAGGGAGGAGAAGAAAAGAAAAGAGGAAGAAAGAAAAAAGAAAGAAGCUGACCAAAAGAAAGAAGCCCCUCCACUUCAAGAUGAUUCCGACUUGGAGAAGAAGCGGCGUGAGGCGGAGGCACUGCUACAGAGUAUGGGCAUCACACCUGAUGCACCCGUUGCACCGCCACUCCGAGUAGUAACAGCGGAUACCUGUCUGUUUCACUAUUUAGUCCCUCCACCCAUGUCUCCAUCUUCCAAGUCUGUGAGCACGCCAAGUGAGACAGGGAGCCAAGAUUCUGGUGAUGGCGCCAUUGGAGCUAGGACUCUGCAUUGGGAUGCUGAUCCAUCAGUUCUUCAGCUUCAUUCUGAUUCUGACUUGGGACGGGGCCCAAUUAAGCUGGGAAUGGCCAAGAUUACACAUGUAGAUUUCCCCCCUCGUGAAGUUGUGUCAUAUUCUAAGGAAACCCAGACUCCUGUGAUGGCACAGCCAAAAGAAGAAGAGGACGAGGAGGAGGAGAUUACACCAUCUAAACCUGCAAUUAUAUCUGAGGAAGCAAAGGUCAUUCAGAAGGAGGAGGAAGAAGUUCCCCCUCAUGAACUGACUGAAGAAGAAAAACUACAAAUCCUGCACACAGAGGAGUUUUUGUGUUUCUUUGAUCACAGCACCCGCAUCAUCGAGCGGGCCCUCUCUGAGGGCGUGGAUGUCUUCUUUGACUAUAGUGGGAGAGACUUGGAGGAGAAAGAAGGGGAGAUCCAGGCAGGGGCCAAAUUGUCCUUAAACAGACAAUUUAUGGAUGAACGUUGGUCAAAGCAUCGCGUUGUUACUUGCUUGGAUUGGUCUCCUCAGUAUCCUGAACUGCUUGUUGCUUCAUACAACAACAACGAGGAUGCCCCCCACGAGCCAGAUGGUGUAGCCCUUGUGUGGAACAUGAAAUACAAGAAAACCACACCAGAGUAUGUCUUUCAUUGCCAGUCUGCAGUUAUGUCAGCUGCCUUUGCAAAAUUUCAUCCUAAUCUCGUUGUUGGUGGCACAUAUUCUGGUCAAAUAGUUCUGUGGGAUAACCGUAGCAAUAAAAGGACUCCAGUGCAAAGGACACCCCUCUCUGCCGCUGCUCACACGCAUCCUGUUUACUGCGUUAACGUUGUCGGAACACAGAAUGCACACAACUUGAUCAGCAUCUCUACUGAUGGGAAAAUGUGCUCCUGGAGUUUAGACAUGCUCUCCCAGCCACAGGACAGUAUGGAGCUCGUCCACAAGCAGUCCAAGGCAGUGGCUGUCACCUGCAUGUCCUUCCCUCUGGGAGACGUGAAUAACUUUGUGGUUGGAAGUGAAGAGGGCUCUGUGUACACUGCCUGCCGCCAUGGAAGCAAAGCUGGAAUCAGUGAGAUGUUUGAGGGUCAUCAGGGACCAAUUACUGGGAUUCACUGCCAUACUGCUGCAGGGCCAGUUGACUUCUCUCAUCUUUUUGUAACGUCUUCCUUUGACUGGACAGUGAAACUGUGGACAACCAAGAAUAACAAGCCGCUGUACUCAUUUGAGGACAACUCAGACUAUGUUUAUGAUGUCAUGUGGUCUCCCAGCCACCCUGCCGUGUUUGCCUGUGUUGAUGGAGUCGGCCGGCUUGACCUGUGGAAUCUCAACAGCGACACUGAGGUUCCCACAGCCAGUAUAAUGGUGGAGGGCAAUCCUGCUCUGAAUCGCGUUCGAUGGGCUCAUUCUGGAAGAGAAAUUGCUGUUGGUGAUUCAGAUGGGCAGAUCCUCAUCUACGAUGUCGGAGAGCAAAUUGCAGUUCCACGCAGUGACGAGUGGUCUCGUUUCGCCCGAACGCUGGCGGAAAUCAAUGCCAACAGAGCCGAUGCAGAAGAGGAAGCAGCAGCUCGCUUGUCAGCCUGAUGACCGAGGACAGAUUUUGUUAAAACUUUAAAAAAAAACAAAAAAAAAACAAAA